UUCCUAAGACUUUCCAUCGUAAAACUGUUAUAAAUCCAAUAAGAAACUUGUUAUUAAAAUAAUAAAAAUUGUGAUUUUACAGAGAAUAAUAACAGUUCAUUGCCUACCGGCGAACUGGCCCUGUUAGCAAAGCUGGAGGAGGCAAAUCGCCUCAUUGAAUCUGAUGCAAAAAGUUUAAAUUCAUUGUCAGGAAAUUCAGCAUCUGGACAUUCCAGGAAGAGUUCUGAUACAUCACAGAUAUCAUUAACUAGUGGUAUCCCAAAGGCUUUAUUUUGAAAGAAUGAUCGCAGACCGAAGACUUAAAACAAUCUUGUAUAUAUUCGAGGAAUGAUUUUGAAUUGAUUAUAAUUGUAAAACUUCAGAACUCAAUAUGAAUAUACACGAAGAGAAAAUAUUGGAAAUGGCCAUGUCUGGUCUGAGGAAAUUACAAUAUAUAACUGUCAAACAAAUAGAUUCCGGACGAAAUAUUUUUUUAAAUGAUGGAGCGAGUUCAGGCCACGAUCGCGUGGAUUGCGCCGGUUCUGAGAAUGGCGGAGCGGGUUCCGGUCCGGGAUCCGCUCCGGGAUCUGGUGAAGAAGACCAAUGGUCUCUCUGGUCCAGGAUAGUAGCUGAUUGGGACGCGUACAACGCCGCAACCGGCAAACGAAAAACCUCCCUUGUACCCGUAGGAAGUGGAUCAGGUGGAGAUAGGAAUCAGCCUUGCAUAAAGGAACUGGUUAGGAAAGGAGUACCUCAUCAUUUCAGAGGUAUCGUUUGGCAGCUACUGUGUGGCGCACAUGAUUCACCUGAUAAGAAGCAAUAUGCCGAAUAUAUUAAGGCAACGUCCGCUUGUGAGAAGGUAAUACGACGCGAUAUAGCUCGCACGUACCCCGAACAUGAUUUUUUCAAGGAGAAAGAUGGUUUAGGACAAGAAAGUCUAUUUAACGUUAUGAAAGCGUAUUCUCUUCACGAUCGUGAAGUCGUAGGAUAUUGCCAAGGAUCUGGUUUCAUAGUCGGCCUUUUACUCAUGCAAAUGCCAGAAGAAGAAGCAUUUGCUGUUCUGGUAAAAAUAAUGCAAGAGCACAGGAUGCGAGAUAUGUUCAAGCCAAGUAUGGCCGAACUUGGCUUAUGUAUGUUCCAAUUAGAAAGUUUGGUACAAGAUCAAAUUCCUGAACUUCAUGUACAUUUUCAGUCACAGGGCUUCCAUACAUCGAUGUAUGCAAGCAGUUGGUUCUUGACAUUAUUUACAACUGCACUUAGUUUACCAUUAGCAUGCCGAGUAAUGGAUGUAUUUCUAUCAGAAGGUAUGGAAAUUAUUUUCAAAGUGGCUCUUGCAAUGUUGGGACUUGCCAAAGCUGAUCUGCUGUGUUUAGAUAUGGAAGGCAUGCUUAAGUUUUUCCAAAAGGAAUUACCACCGCGUGCGGAAGCCGAUCCUGAAGGACUUAUGAAUAAUGCCUAUAAUAUAAAGAUUAAUUCGAAAAAGAUGAAGAAGCUUGAAAAAGAAUAUACCGUCAUCAAGACUAAAGAACAAGAAGAAAUGAUUGAGCUGAGAAGGCUCAGGAACGAAAAUCGUCUUUUACGACAACGCAACGAGCUUUUAGAAGCUGAAAGCGCAGAAUUAGCCGAUAGGCUUGUUCGAGGACAAGUUAGCCGAGCUGAAGAAGAGGAAACAACUUAUGUUGUUCAAAGGGAAUUGGCAGCUUUGAGGCAUACACACCUUUUAACCACACACCAAUUAGAAAAUGCUCAUGAAGAAAUACGGGCACUCAGUCUUAUGUUGCAGGAUCAACAUACGUCUCGACAAUCGUCUUUGGAUGAACUGUCCAUGAAAGACGAAUCGUUAAAACAGAAAGAAGAAAUGGUGACUUGUUUACAGCAGGAGCUGGUCAAAGUGAGGCUACGCGAGGCCGAGAAUGACGCCUUGAUCCGCGACCUCAGAGCUAGGAUUAAUGAGCUUGAAGAGGAAAAGAAAAGUUUGCGAGAAACCACUCCUGAUAAUUCUGUAGCUCAUUUACAAGAAGAACUCAUUGCUGUUAAAUUGCGAGAAGCCGAAGCUAAUUUGUCUCUCAAAGAUUUGAGGCAAAGAGUUCAAGAAUUGGCUGCCCAGUGGCAGAGGCAUUUACAGGAGCACAAACAAGAAUCCAAUCCAGCUCCAGAUAGCACACCCAAGAAAUUACUUUUCUGGGAAAAUCGCGGAAACGAAACUCAAAAAUUAGAAGAAGAAUUGAUGACGACACGCAUUCGAGAAAUGGAGACGUUGACCGAGCUUAAAGAAUUGCGAUUAAAGGUAAUGGAAUUAGAAACUCAAGUACAAGUCUCUACAAAUCAAUUACGAAGGCAAGAUGAGGAAAAUAAAACUAAGGAUGAAAUUGAAUCUGCCUUGACAAGGGAGAAAGAGCAGGCUGCUAAGAGCAAGGAACAGCAACAUAGAUAUACAGAUUUAGAAAGCAGGAUGAAAGAUGAGCAGAUGAUGGCAAAAAUACGUGAUGCCGAGCACGCCCAACACGUGGCGGAGCUGAUGCAAAAAAUUGGAGUGUUGCAAAUGAAGAAUGAAGAAAUGGUUGCAGAAGGCGAACUCCGGUGCAAUUUGGAUGACAGUGAUAAAGUUCGCGAGCUUCAAGAUAAAGUAGCCGAUCUCAAAGCCGAGUUUCCGACACCAAUCAUGAGCCCAGAGACCGAGCCUUGGAAAUGGCUCGAGUAA